CAGAUCUGCUUGUUUCCCCGACUUCGCCUAACACCUGAUCUCUUCCUGAGACAGAAAUGCACGCAGACCUCGGGGUCCUGGACAAGUCCGCGAGUCUGCCUUGUGACCGAGUGCGCGGCUGAGGCUGGCCCCAGGGGGAGAAGGACACAGUGGCCAGAUGACAGCGCAUCCGCAGCCAGCAGCAUGGACGUGUCAGAUCGCAUAGCCUCUCUGGAGCAGCGCGUCCAGAUGCAGGAGGAUGACAUCCAACUACUCAAGUCAGCGCUGGCCGAUGUGGUUCGACGUCUGAACAUCACCGAGGAGCAGCAGGCUGUGCUGAAUAGAAAAGGACCUACCAAAGUAAGACCACUGGUGCAGACUCUGCCUUUAAGAACCACCGUCAACAAUGGCACUGUGUUACCAAAGAAACCCAGCGGCUCCCUCCCAUCCCCAUCUGGGUCCAGGAAAGAAACUGCUAUGCACACAAGCAAAAGCAGCAUCAAGCGGACCAACUCUUCUGAACGGGUGUCUCCUGGCAGCCGGAGGGAGAACUCUGGGGACUCGAGAGGAAGCCGGAAUCGCACAGGCUCCAACAGCAGUUCCUCUAGUGGCAAGAAGAACAGUGAAAGCAAACCUAAGGAGCCUGUGUUCAGCCCAGAAGAAGGAUAUGUAAAAAUGUUUCUUCGGGGACGCCCCGUGACCAUGUACAUGCCCAAAGAUCAAGUGGAUUGUUACAAUUUGGAGGCAAAAGCAGAGCUGCCAACCAAACGGCUUAAGCUGGAAUGGGUAUACGGAUAUCGGGGUAGAGACUGUCGCAGUAACCUGUACUUGCUCCCCACGGGGGAGACGGUGUACUUCAUUGCAUCGGUGGUGGUGCUGUACAAUGUGGAGGAGCAGCUGCAGAGGCACUACACAGGCCACAGUGAUGACGUGAAGUGCCUAGCAGUUCACCCUGAUAGGAUCACGAUAGCAACAGGACAGGUCGCAGGCACCUCUAAGGAUGGAAAGCAAUUGCCUCCGCAUGUACGUAUUUGGGACUCUGUGACCUUGAACACUCUGCACGUCAUUGGAAUAGGCUUUUUUGACAGAGCUGUCACCUGCAUCGCAUUCUCAAAAUCUAAUGGGGGAAGCCACCUCUGUGCUGUAGAUGACUCCAAUGACCACGUGCUGUCUGUAUGGGACUGGCAGAAGGAAGAAAGACUGGUGGAUGUGAAGUGUUCAAAUGAAGCAGUGUUUGCUGCAGACUUCCACCCCACAGACACCAAUAUCAUAGUCACCUGUGGGAAGUCACAUCUCUACUUCUGGACACUAGAAGGAAACUCUCUUAACAAGAAGCAAGGGUUGUUCGAGAAACAAGAAAAGCCAAAGUUUGUCCUCUGCGUGACAUUUUCUGAAAAUGGCGACACCAUUACUGGAGACUCAAGUGGGAACAUCUUGGUGUGGGGGAAAGGUACGAAUCGGAUAAGCUAUGCAGUUCAAGGGGCCCACGAGGGUGGCAUUUUUGCACUUUGUAUGUUAAGAGAUGGCACGCUGGUCUCAGGAGGAGGGAAGGACCGAAAGCUCAUUUCUUGGAAUGGAAACUAUCAAAAGCUUCAGAAAACUGAGAUUCCUGAACAGUUUGGACCAAUACGAACAGUGGCUGAGGGGAAAGGCAAUGUCAUCUUGAUAGGCACAACCAGAAACUUUGUCCUGCAAGGCACCCUGUCAGGCGACUUUGCACCCAUCACUCAGGGUCACACUGAUGAACUCUGGGGGCUGGCCGUCCAUGCCUCCAGACCUCAGUUCUUAACCUGUGGGCAUGACAAGCACGCCACUCUCUGGGACGCUGUCAAUCACAGGCCUGUCUGGGACAAAAUCAUAGAGGAUCCAGCUCAGUCUUCUGGUUUUCAUCCUUCAGGGUCUGUGGUUGCGGUGGGAACGUUGACUGGAAGGUGGUUUGUGUUCGACACAGAAACAAAGGACUUGGUCACCGUGCACACGGAUGGAAAUGAGCAGCUGUCUGUCAUGCGUUACUCACCAGAUGGGAAUUUCUUAGCAAUAGGCUCUCAUGACAACUGUAUCUAUAUUUACGGAGUUGGUGACAAUGGGAGGAAAUACACAAGAAUUGGCAAAUGCUCGGGUCAUUCCAGCUUCAUCACCCACCUGGACUGGUCUGUGAACUCACAGUUCCUUGUAUCGAAUUCCGGGGACUAUGAAAUCCUUUUCUGGGUUCCGUCUGCCUGUAAGCAAGUCGUGAGUGUGGAAACCACGAGGGACAUCGAGUGGGCCACCUGUACCUGCACCUUGGGAUUCCAUGUCUUUGGAGUAUGGCCAGAGGGCUCAGAUGGAACCGACAUUAAUGCUGUCUGCCGAGCCCACGAGAAAAAGCUCCUGUCCACGGGUGAUGACUUCGGCAAAGUGCAUCUGUUCUCCUACCCCUGCUCACAGUUCAGGGCGCCAAGCCACACUUACGGUGGGCACAGCAGCCAUGUCACCAACGUCGACUUCCUCUGUGAGGACAGCCACCUCAUCUCCACGGGUGGGAAGGACACGAGCAUCAUGCAGUGGCGGGUCAUUUAGUGUCCGCGGAAGCCUGGGAGCAGAUCACGCACGUCCACGAAGACAGACUCACGUUCCGCUUGGUCACUGUGAUUUCUGUUGUGUCUGAAAACUCGUACAAACCUCAGGAAAACCCUCUCUCUACCAGUUACCUUAGCUUGGGGAGCCAGCGAGUGUCACCCGGAGAAGCACUUCAUCUCCACCAUUGAAGCACAGUGCAGGAAGCGGUGCGCAUUGGGCAGAGAAAAGGCCCGGGGCUACCUGGUAGUGUCAUCAACAAGAGAACAAAAGGUACUGGCUUUUUAGUCGCUUUUCUAUGAACUCUUCAAAAAUGGUCACAGAAUGCCUUUUAAAAAUAUUGUAUAUAGUUGUCACUGUUUCUCCACCUAGCUUGCUAAGUCAGAUAUUUAUGAUAAUAAUGAGGUACCAAACCAGGAUUGCCGUGGACUAACUGGUCCUGAAAGGAUGAAUCACGUGAGUUAAGAGCGUCACCGAGUCAGGAGUGCAGCCAGGAGGCCGUCCUCAUCACACGGCCCAGGGUUUCCCUGAGCCCCCGUGAGGAUGGGGGAGCCGAGCCCUUUUGGCAGUGUGUGGACGCUACCGUGCUCCGCUCACUCCGUCCUGCCUGGACACAGCCAGCCUCUCAGCACCACCACGAAUGGUCCCCGCCCCCGCACACGUGCCCUGGCUAAUGGCUGAGCAACUGGCCACCAGCCUGUGUGUUUAAUGGCACGAUAGGGUCGUGGGAUAGUCUCGAGUUCAGCAGCUCAUAGUAAACGGCCACCGCCGGGCCUCGCCGCGCACACGCUGCACAGUGUGCUUUGCAGCAGAUGACCAAGCGGGCCAGGUGGAGAGGGGUCUCUGCAGUCUGCCGGCGACCACGGGGUGCAGAUGUCACAGAGGCCCCGGGAACUGAGGGCAGCUUCCUUCCCUGCCUCUUGUGCGUGGACAGCUCUCGGCAGUGUGGCAUAAGGCUGUGUUCUGAUGAGUAGAACGCAGGUGGCGUAAUUGUCCAGAAGGCCUUACCCACUGUGUGACAGACUGAAGUUAUUGUUUACACUGGGGACUGUAUCUCGGAUUCUGAAAUAGAAGAGUCAUGAACAGACGUAAGAACGAAUUCUAAGAUUUUCACUCAUUCUAAACAAGUAAACGAAGGGAGCACUGCUUGUGUAAAGUGGCUAAUGAAGGACAUUUGGAAACAUUUUUCAUGACAUCUCCAGCCUGCUGUGAAAGCGCAGGGCACCAGAAAGUAAUAUGUACUGGAGACGAGUCUGUUUGUAUGUAUCCUUAUCAAAUCUAUUCUAUAAUGAAAUAAAAUCUGAAAAGUGGA